CCGGCUGGAGGUGCCUUUUGGGAGGCGGCGGCGGGAGGUGACCCGGGACUGGCCCGCGGCCGCCACCCCGCACCGGCCCGGCCGGCCCCGGGAGCGCGUCCGGCCCGGCCCCUGCCCGGCAUGGCGGGGCUGCGGGGGGGCCGGCCGGCGCGGCGUUCGGCCCGGGCUGGCGGCAGCAGCAGCAGCGGCGGCGGCGGGUGCUGCUGGGCACUGCCCACGGGGCUGCUGUGCGCCUACGGCUUCUUCUGUAGCGUGCGGCCCUCGGAGCCAUUCCUCACGCGGUACCUACUGGAGCCGCACAAAAACCUCUCCGAGACGCAGGUCUUCAACGAGAUUUACCCUGUAUGGACUUACUCCUACCUGGCACUGCUGUUCCCGGUGUUCCUGGCCACAGACUACUUGCGGUACAAGCCCGUGGUCCUGCUGCAGGGCCUGAGCCUCAUCGUCACCUGGUUCAUGCUGCUGUAUGCCCAGGGGCUGCGGGCUGUCCAGUUCCUUGAGUUCUUUUACGGGAUCGGGACUGCCACUGACAUCGCCUAUUACUCAUACAUCUACAGUGUCGUUGAUAUCAACCUGUACCAGAAGGUCACCAGCUACUGCCGGAGUGCCACCCUGGUGGGCUACACAGUGGGCUCAGUGUCCGGGCAGGUCCUUGUGUCUGUGGCAGGAUGGUCCCUCUUCAGCCUGAACGUUAUCUCCUUAACCAGCAUCUCCGUUGCCUUUGGCACGGCGUGGUUCCUGCCGAUGCCGCAGAAAAGCCUUUUCUUUCACCACGUCUCAAGUCAGGAGCUCGGUUGGGAAAUGAAGGUCAUGGACUGUAAAAAUGGAUCAGCUGUGCAAGAUCAUCCCAACGUGCAGAAGGCACCCGGCUGGGAGGAUGAGACAAAAGUUCCCUUAAAUGGAGAGGGUCAUUCAGCAGAGAAACAGUCUAUGCAGGAGCAGAAAGUCGACAUCGUAAAGGUGCUCAAAGAUCUCUGGCAGGAUCUCCUACAGUGUUACUCCUCCCGGACAUUGCUCUGCUGGUCGGUGUGGUGGGCACUGUCCACCUGCGGCUACUUCCAGGUCAUCAACUACGCUCAGGGCCUGUGGGAGAUGGUGCUGCCUUCUCAUAGCACAGAGAUCUACAACGGUGCCGUGGAGGCGGCCUCGACGCUGCUAGGAGCUGUUGCAGUCUUUGUUGUGGGUCACAUAAAAACAUCCUGGGCAAUGUGGGGUGAAGUGGCACUUGCCCUGUUCUCCUUUCUUAUUGCUGCUGCUGUAUAUAUCAUGGACACUGUUCGUAACAUCUGGGUGUGCUAUGCAUCGUAUGUUGUCUUCAGAAUUAUCUACAUGCUGCUAAUCACCAUAGCAACGUUCCAGAUCGCUACAAAUCUCAGCGUGGAGCGGUACGCCCUGGUGUUUGGGGUCAACACUUUCAUUGCCUUAGCACUUCAGACUCUGCUCACUUUGAUUGUUGUGGAUUCCAGUGGGCUUGGGUUGGACAUCUUCACCCAGUUCAUGAUCUAUGCCUCUUACUUUGCGGCCAUCUCACUGGUGUUCUUGGGCAGUGGCAUAUACAGUAUAAUUAGAGCUUACAGAAGACAAGAGCAGAGGCAAAGCAGAUCUCCUGAAAGCCAGUAGUGCACCAAGUGAAGACUCUGGGUGGCUACAUAUGAAGAUAUAGUAUUGCUGUAACACAUCAACAAAAUGAGUGAAAAGGAAGACCAAGGAGAUCCAGAAGAUAUGGUUGAUUUAACAGAAAGUGGAGAAUAUGAGGAUGACUUUGAAAAAGACCCCGAAUUGCUAACUAGUGAAGAAGAAAAAGAAAAUCUUGGUGAAAGAGAGG